CGCAAAACGAUGCGCAGACCAUUUAAUUUUCUAUUCGUCUGCUUGUUUGAGUGUAGUGCAUUUUAAACAUGUUGGAGCGAAACCGGGUUGUGUUGUUUUAAUGAAAAUUUGUAAUGAACUAUGUCAGAAAUUAAACGUGUGGCACUGAAUACACUAGAACCGCAGAAAGUGAGUGAAAAAGUGAUUAAAAAACUGUGCAAAACAAUAAGGAUAUCUGUGAUUUUACCCGAAUCGAAUGAAGACUACUGCCCUGAGUACAACUAUAAGGACCAACUAGCAUCUGUAAAGAAAAAGGUAAAGCAAAACAAAGGGCCUAACACAAACGAUUUGGAAAAUGGCUUGGAUCCAUUUGGAGACAAUGAUGAUGAUGUCAGAAGAAUUGCACUUCAAAUGGAAGCAAAAUAUGGCUCCGGAAUGACACCUCCGGGAGUACCCAAGAAGAAGCGAAAAGGCAAGAAAGACGAUUACGCUGAUAUCGGGAUGGGUUACGACGAAACGGAUUCGUUCAUAGACAACACCGAUGGAUAUGAUGAAAUUAUACCACAGAACGUAACCACGCUCCACGGUGGUUUUUACGUGAAUUCAGGCGCUUUGGUAUUUAAGACUGAUGAUGAGGCCAGUUCGCAAGCUUCCUCUUCUUCCUCAGCUUCUUCCGACUCAUCUUCUUCCGAGAGCGAAGGUGAAGACAAAGCCAAAACGAAAAUCCGCAAACGCGUCUUAGAGACUUCAGAGGACAGCGAUAGCGACACUGCCAACAACCAUAAGGAAAAGAAAGCCAAAUUAUUACAAUCCCAAAUUCCGCCGACCACCACCACCACCAUGCAGCACGCCAUCAAGAAGAAACUGUUCAGCAAGAACAAGAUACAAGUGAAGAAAUUCCAAUCGUUAGAGCAACAACACAAGAAAACCGUCAAGGAUUUGCUGAGAGCGAAACGGGAAGAUCUGGACAUGAGCGUGCCCGAGGAGCUGAAGACUGUCGAGGAUAACAUUGAAAAAGAAUCAUCUAAGGAGAAUAAGAGACCGAUGAAUAUAUCCAGCGUUACUGAUGCCAUAGAGUCCGUCGUCAAGCAAGUCAUUGUGGACGCGAAUCAGGAUAAGAACCAAAGCCAGAAUGGACUAGCUGCGGAUUUGAGUACGGCGAAUGUCACUAAUAUGACGAAGAAAGCCGCCGAUUCUCAGGAAUCGCUAUCGACCGAUAGCGAUUUCAAGACGGACGUGCGCAAACCCGGGAAAGAAGAGGAAACCAAGUUACCAGAUAAUUUACCGCCGGACAUCGCCAGUAUAGUUUCUAAGUUGAAAGAAGCCGGAAUAAAUUAUAAGGGAGAAGGAAAAAAGGCGUUUUUCACGAAGGAAGUUAAUGCUCUUUUAUUAAGCUUAGAAAAGAAGAGCAAAGUCCUACUAAGCAAAUCUAGAAUUAAAGUGUAUGAACACCUUACCAAGUACGUAAAUUUCACCAAGGACACUUUAAUACGUCGCGCCAGACUCCUGGAACUAGAAGAGGGCGAGAAACGACUAGUGCAACUGAAUGUUAGACUGAAAGAUACAAUCGACUCCGUAAUGCCGCAGUUGCUCGCCAACUACGAACAGGAGAGUCAGAAAAUCCUGCAAAAAAAAUUUUCGAAAGAGAGCGCCGAUAACGAAGAACUGAAAUCUCUUAAACUGCCAAAGCGGAAAUUCCAGUGGAGCGAGGAAGCUAAGAAACUGGUGAAAGACAUCCUAGGAGUGAAGAAACGCUGCCUCGCCCUCGAAGGCAAGCACAAAGACAACUUGGAAGAGCAAAUAACUCAAUUCCUGCGAUCUGCCGUGUUACCUCUGUGGCCCGAGGGUUGGAUGUACAUGAACAACUUAACCAAAGUCUACAACAGUAUGGCGGAAAAUUCGAAAAAGACAUCGAAAGCGAACGUAUCAAUGAAAUCCCAGAAACAUUCCAAUCUUUCCAUCACUCCGAUUACCAACGGGAAGAGCAGCGGUACAGAAAAAAUUGAAAUAACCAACAGCCUUACUGUCACCAAAGUUAACAGCGACGUUAUAACGAAAGAACCAGUCACGCAGAUGGAAAAAAAUCACGUUAUGGAAAACCACGUCCAUGUUCCUAAAUCUGAAGUCGAACAACCCUCGGAUUUAUCUGCGCAGUCGAAGAAGAGCGAUAAAUACUCUAAACCGGAAGUUUUAUCGUUUGAUACGGAUUUGUAUACACACUUAAAAAGCGAAAAAUAUGCUAAUCCGGAAGGCCAGUCGGAUUUGUCAGCGCUUUUAAAGAAAAACGAGAAACCACCGAAAAGUGAAAAGCACGGGAAAAUCGAGGUUUUAUCCUUAGAAAAAUCGUCGGAAUUAAUAGCCCAAAUACAGAGCAAAGAGAAAUACGUCAAAAUUGAUGGUUCACAGAGCGAUAAAUACAUCAAAUCCGACGGUUUAUCAUUCGAUAAACCGUCCGAUUUAUCGGCGCAAUUAGAAAAAAAAGACAAAUCCGUGAAACACGAGGUUUUAUCGCUGGAUAAAUCAUCGGAUUUAGUAGCGCAGAUACAGAGCAGAGAGAAAUACGUCAAAACUGAUAGUUCUUCGAGCGAUAAAUACGUCAAAUCAGACGGUUUAUCGAUUUAUAAACCUUCCGAUUUAUCGGCGCAAUCAGUAAAAAGCGACAAAUCCUUGAAACACGAUGUUUUAUCGACGGAUAAGCCGUCGGAAUUAAAGAAAAACGAUAAAUACGCAAAAUUCGAUGUUUCUUUGCAGGAUAAACCGUCGGAUUUAUCGGCGCACUUGAAAAAGAGCGAAAAACACGCCAAACUCGAGGUUUUAUCGCUAGACAAAUCGUCGGAUUUAUUAGCCCAAAUGAAGAGCAGAGAGAAAUACGUAAAAACCGAUAGUACAUCGAGCGAUAAAUACGUCAAACCAGACGGUUUAUUAUUUGAUAAACCGUCUGAUUUAUCGACGCACUUAAAUAAAACUGACAAACACGCAAAAUUCGAUGUUUUAUCAUUGGAUAAAUCGGAUCCAUCAUCGCACUUAAAAAAGAUCGAAAAACACACGAAAUUCGACAUUUCAUCAAUGGAUAAAUCGUCUGCUUUAUCGGCGCAGUUAAAUAAAACUGACCAACAUGCGAAAUUCGAUGUAUUAUCGCUGAAUAAAUCAGAUUUAUCCUCACACUUAAAAAAGAGCGAAAAACACUCGAAGCUCGACCUUUCAGCGCUCGAUAAAUCGUCUAAUUUAUCGACGCAUAUAAAUAAAACCGCGAAAUUCGAUGUUUCAUCGCUGGAUAAAUUAGAUUUCUCAUCGCACUUAAAAAAGAGUGAAAAACCCGCAAAACUCGAUGUUUUAUCGCUGGAUAAACCGUCUAAUUUAUCAGCGCACUUAAAUAAAACCGAUAAACACGCGAAAUACGAUGUUUUAUCGCUGGAUAAAUCUGAUUUAUCAUCGCAUUCAAAAAAGAGCGAAAAACACACAAAGCUCGACGUUUUAUCGCUCGAUAAACCGUCUGAUUUAUCGACGCACUCCAAAAAAAGCGAUAAAUACACCAAAUCGUUUAAUAAACCAUCAGAUUUAUCGACGCAUUCUAAGAAAAUCGAUAAACACGCGAAACUCGAGGAAAAAUCAUCAGAUUUAUCAGCGCACUCGAAGAAAAGCGAAUUACAUAAUAAACUCGAGGUUGUAACGCUGGAUAAAUCGUCAGACGUACUGACGCACUUGAAGCAUAAACCGGAAGUAUUAUCGGCGGAAAAACCUCCCGAAAUAUCGGGACACGCGAAGAAGAACGACAUGUUUAAGCCGUACAUCCAAGAACCUUCGAUACAGAAACAAAACACCGAAAAUACGACGAAACACAACGAAAUGUUCAAGCCGUACGCGGACGGCGUCGAUAAGAACGUUUCGGAUAAAUCGAAAUAUUCGUUCAAUUCGUAUUCGAACAAAGAGCGACGCAGUUCGCAUUCGGAUAGGGACAGACACGGCGGUCGCGGUUAUUCGGAGAAACGCAAGCACGAAUCGCAUAGUAGCUCCGACGACAAGUCGCCGGAUUUAUCGAAAAAACCGUCAUCAUCGUCGUCGACCGAAUUGUCAAAGUUCCAGAUGUUCAAACCGUACUCGGAGAGCCGGUACGAAAGGAGCGCGAUGGAGCAGCGGCCGUCGAGCAAGGCUUACUCGAAAGAGUUCGUCAGUUCGAAAGCUACUGACGAAGGAGGUGUGAUCGUAAAGAACGAUAAGGCGACGAAGAAAGAUGACGCGAAGGACGAAAACGUGUCGAGAGGAGUGAAUUCGAGCGAUAAAAGGAAGGUUAUCGAGUCAUAUAAGAGAAGUUCAACGGAUAUCAAUCCUGUUGAUUUCUAUCCUGUAGUGAGCAAACACUCCAUCUUUCACUCAUCUCCACUAGUCACGAAAUCGGACGGUGACGGCCAAAAGGACAUCCAAAUGGUGAUGGAGAACCUGAAGGCGUUGCAGAAAUUGUCGUGUUCGCCGGUCAAGAACAGCGAUAGCUCCAGUUCCCCCGUGUCGGUGAUCGCUUACAACAAAACAUUUUCGUCGCCUAAAACUACGAGUUCUAGCGCCCAUUGUAGCAGAACCGAUGCGAACAGCAGAAAUGAGUUGUCUGGCGGGUUCCAGGACGAGUUUCAGAAGCAGUUUAUUAAUUCGCUGCAGCAAAUGGCCGCCGCCAAUGCCAGCAGCAGUAGCAAAUCCGGCUAUAAGAACGGAAGUUAGUCAUGAUUUAUGAUCGAGGUCGUAAUUCAAAAGAAUCAUAGAAAAUUGAGUGAAACGUUACUUUCUAUUGUAAAUAAAAUUGAGUUAACUGCCGAAGAUUUAUGAAAAUAAGACAUUAUAAAUAUUGUAAUAAGUACCACUUUUUUGAGUUGUAAAUUAUAUAAAAAAAAAUGAGAUAAAUUUAUCGAUUAUUUGUAUUUAUUUUAAUUGCCCCAUUGUAUAUUAAAACUAUGUUGUACUUUUUGAAUAUAUUUUUUAAAUAUACAAAAAAAAUUCUAUUCGUUUUAUUUAUUGUUUAUGUUAGAAAUUAAUAUUUUUAUUUACACAUUAAAGAGAAGAAUUAAGCCAAUUUUGUCGGUUUGACAAAAACACGUUUCUUCAUUUUCUUUCCUUGAACGUGGAGCUUCUGCAGUCUGGAAUCGAUCUCGUUGAAUAUUUCAAGUUGUUCUUCCUCCGGUAUUGUUUUCCU